AUGAUUUCCCUCCCCGAAUCGCAUUUUACUGAGAGCGCACCUAGGACUGAAGUUUCUGGAGACAGAGUGGCAGUUCAAUCGCAGGUUGAAUCUGAUUCUGUGCCGGGUUCAACCUGUUUACGUGAGGAGCCUGUCGAUAAGCUGAAGAAGGUUGCCUCCAAACCCAAAUGUCGACAAGACUUUCAUAUUGCCAUCUUCUGUGCUCUGGUCCUGGAGUCUGAUGCCGUCAUAUCUCUUAUGGACCAACGAUGGGACCGAAAGGAAUAUGGAAAAGUCAUCCUAGACACCAACUCUUACACUCUGGGAACACUGGGGGAGCACAAUGUCGUUCUCGUCCAUUUGCCAAGCAUGGGAAAAGGGGUUGCUGCCAGCGCUGCCUCUAGCUGCCGAAUCAGCUUCCCAGCUAUAAGGUUAGCACUGGUGGUUGGUAUAUGCGGUGGCGUACCGUUUGGGCCAGCCAAUGUUGAACGUAUUCUGGGAGAUGUGGUGAUUAGUGAUGGGCUCGUGCAAUACGACUUUGGUCGGCAAUUUCCUAACGAUUUCAAGCGAAAGAGGACCCUUCAUGAUAAUCAUGGCAGGCCAGGUUCCCAGAUUAGGGGCUUUCUUGCCAGACUGGCGGGCCGUGGAGCUCGCCGGGAGGUCCUUUCGGCAGCCCGAGGGUAUCUUCUGUCCUUACAGGCCACUGAAGAGCCAUCUGGCGGAGUCCUGUAUCAAUAUCCGGGUGUUGAAGAAGAUGUCUUACACCCGCCAUCAUCUUUACACAAGCAUUUAAAAGCUGCGACAUGUCCCGAAUGGGAAAGGACUUGUGGCGCCGUUGGAGCUUGUGACCUUGCUCGUACGCUAGACUGCCAGCAGCUCAAUUGUGAUUUCAGUCAGGUAGUCCCGCGGCAGCGUCUCAAUGUGAUUUCUGGUGGCAUCUCACAAGGUCCCCCAGAGUUUCCAGAACUGCAUAUUGGUACAGUAGCGUCGGGAGAUAAGGUCAUGAAGUCAGGGAAAGAGCGCGAUAAGAUCGCGAAGGAAGAGGGGAUUAUUGCAUUUGAAAUGGAGGGUGCUGGUAUUUGGGAUCACUUUCCGUGUUUAGUUAUUAAGGGAAUAUGUGACUAUGCAGAUUGUCAUAAAAGUAAGAAAUGGCAGUAUUACGCAGCAGCGACAGCCGCCGCCCAAAUGAAAGCAGUCUUAGAUGAGUGGGAUUAG